AAGAAUAAAAAGACGGAACUUAAAAUUAUCCGGAGAAGGGAUGAUUGUUUACACUCUUUUCUUCUUUCUUUUCUUUUUCCAAAAACUAUUAUUCCACCGACUCCUUAGUUUCUUUAUCCGAUAAGUGACAACAAAAAAAAAAAGUGACUUAUGAAUUUAGAACUAUUAGAUCCUUGGGAACAAGAAUACCCAAAUAGUAUUGAAGAAACAUUAGAGGAUGGAUAUGUAUUAAAUUGUCGUUUCAAUCGUCGUGGUACAUUACUUGCAGCGGGAUGUCAAGAUGGACGUUGCGUAAUAUGGGAUUUUGAUACUAAAGGUGUGGCUCGGAACUUGACGGGUCACGUAAAACCUGUCUCUAGUAUUAGUUGGUCAAGAAAUGGACGAUAUUUACUUUCUGCUUCUAAAGAUUGGACUUGUAUCUUUUGGGAUUUAGUGACAGGCACGAAAUAUUCAAAAAUACGAUUUGAUACUCCUGUAAUGAUGGCUCAAAUGCAUCCCAAAAAAAAUUAUCAAUUUGUUGCUGCUUUACUUCAAGAACAACCAAUACUUGUAGAAUUAAAAGAUGGCAAAAUAAUCAAGAAAUCUUUACCAACAGAAACCAAUGAUGAUGAAAAAAGUAAAUCCAGUUCUUAUGUAUGUGCUUUAUCAUGGAAUAAAACUGGAACGCGAAUAUAUGCUGGAACAUCAAAAGGAUAUUUGAAUAUUAUUGAUCCAUUAACAAUGAAGAUUACCUACGCUACUAGAAUUACAUCGACUUCUAUUAAAGGUAUUCAAUGGAGUAAUAAUGGAAGAGAUAUUAUCAUCAAUGCCAAUGAUCGUGUAUUACGUUUAUAUCGAUUGGAAGAACAUGAUGGUAUUCCAGUAUUACAAAAUAAAUUUCAAGAUCUUGUGAAUCGUGUACAAUGGAAUCAAGCUUGUUUUAGUUCAGAUGGUGAAUAUGUCAUUGGUGGAUCUGGUCAUAAAGCUGAACACAAUAUUUAUAUAUGGGAUAAGAAAAUGGGUAAUUUAGUCAAGAUUUUGGAAGGACCUAAUGAACCAUUAGAUGAUUUAACCUGGCAUCCUGAUCGACCCAUUAUAGGUUCUGUUAGCAGUUAUGGAAAUAUAUAUUUAUGGACAACUAAACAUGAAGAAAAUUGGAGUGCAUUUGCUCCUGAUUUCACAGAAUUAGAAGAAAAUUUGGAAUAUGAAGAAAAAGAAGAUGAAUUUGAUGUGGCUCCAGAAGAAGAAACAACCAAACGAAAACAAGAUGAUGAAGAUAUUCUAGUGGAUGUGACAAGUUGUGAUCAAAUUCAAGCAUUUUUAGAUUCAGAUGAUGAUUUGGAAGAUGGUGAUCAAGUUGUUUAUUUACCCAGUUUAUCAUUUGCUGAUGAUGAACAAAAUGAUCAAGACGAUAUUAAUGAAGAUCAACAAACAAUUGUAAAAACUGACAUAUCAACAACAACAACAACGGUGAAAAGGAAAUCAACAAAAAAGGGACAAAAAAGAACAGAACCAGAUCAACAAAGAACGAAUAAAAAAGUGAAAAAGGAACCAACUGUUUCUUCAACAUCUUCUACUUCCUCUUUAUUGGCAGAUUUCUGAUUCUAGGGAUAGAUUAGAAAUAGCUUUUUUUUGUUAUUGUACAUAUUUAUUUUAUUUUUUACUUUUUUACUUUUACAUAAUUAUAUAUAUAUAUCAUCCAAUUGAAAAUAAAGAAAUCAUUGAAAUGUA